UGCAUGAUCAUACGGUACAAAUUCAAAAUUGAAAUAAUAAAAAUACUAAAUAAUAUUAUUUUAAAUUUAUACAAGAAUAAUGACACAAUUUCUGCCUCCCAACUUGCUAGCUCUAUUUGCUGCUCGAGACCCAGUUCCGUACAAACCUCCAACUGCUCAGCUAUCAUGGGAGAAAGAUCGCGAAAAGAAUCCAUACUGUGGUGUUUCACAAUAUACCUCACUAUUUGAAGAUCCCAAAGACACACCCCCACCAACCAGGGGAGAGACAAAAGCAGAGAAGAAAGCCAGAAGGAUAAAAGAGAAAGCAAUACUACGUGCAAAAGAAAUUGAAGAAGAAGUUAAAAAUUACGAUCCCCAUAAUAACAAGAGUGCAACAGGAGAUGCCUUCAAAACAUUAUUUGUGUCACGCGUGAAUUAUGAUACCUCCGAGUCAAAGCUGAGAAGAGAGUUUGAUAUGUAUGGCCCCAUACGUAAGAUAUCUAUGGUUAAAGAUUCGAAUGGGAAACCUCGGGGUUAUGCUUUUAUUGAGUUUGAACAUGAGAGGGACAUGCACACUGCUUACAAAAAUGCUGAUGGAAAGAAGAUUGAUGGACGACGAGUACUAGUAGAUGUUGAAAGAGGACGAACAGUAAAAGGAUGGCGGCCUCGAAGACUCGGAGGUGGACUUGGUGCAACAAGGCGUGGACCUAAUGAAGAAAACGUGAAAGCUGAAGGCCAAGUACCUGGACGAGGUGAUGGCGAAAGACCAAGAGAACAGCCAAGGAGUGCAAGCAGAGAUCGAAGGGAACGUCACUCAUCAAGAGAAAAACGAGAUAGAGGAGAUCGAGAUAGGAAAAGAGAUCGUGACAGGGAACGUCCCGGACGAGAAGAUCGUUCAGGACGAGAUGAUCGUUCUCGGAGAGAUCGUGAUGAAUCUGGUAAAGAUAAAGAUAAGGACAAAGGUAGAGACAGAGAUCGGGAUCGUAAGCACCGCAGGGAUAGAUCGAGAGAAAAAGAUGGAUCUAGAAGAAAACGAAGCCGAGAAAGGGAUAGAAAAGACAGAGAUCGAUCAGACAGAGAUAGAGAACGCAGUGGCCGCAGUCGUUCAGACAGAGAUAAAAAUCGUGAUGAAUCAAGAAAAGAUUAUCGGCCUGACGAAUAUCCCGAAGAUGGAGGAGUGAAACAAGAACAAAAAAAUGGUGACAUGGACCAAUCAAACAACUAUGCUCAAAACUAUGAAGGUGGUGGAAAUGAAGUGAAGCAAGAACCAACAUAUGAAAAUCAUAGAGAGUCUUAUGAAGGCCGUGGAGAACCAGAUGGAUAUAGAGAAUCUGAGCAAAUGAAAGAAGCCGAAAAACAAGAAUACAAUGAAAAUAGAGAAAUGGAAUAUUGAGCAUUUCAUAACACAUGUGAAUAGUCAUUCAUCAACUGCCGUUUGAAAAUAACUUGAUCGCUGCUACAGUUUGUUCAGUAGUAUUCAUUGUGGUGAAUUCUAUGUUUAUAGCGUUGAAAAUUUUGUGACGAUAGUUUAGGAUGAGAUCGUGCGAGAUUGGAUUAUGUAUUUUGCUUGUUUUUUUUAUUUCAUUCACAUAACGUACCAGAUGGUAUGUUUGUUAUCACUAUUUUGAUUUUAUCUGAAAUCGAAUAAACUGAAAAAUUGCUUUUAA